CGCUAACCCAGCACACAGGAUGAACCGUCGUAAGGCCGAUUUCAAGUUUGUCUAUAAGUACCUGGAAGACGAACUAUAAUGCGGCUUUAGUCUCCUUGUUUCUUUGAGUUCGUGUAUGUAUGGUAGGCAUUCGGUCCAAUUAUUUGCGGUGUGGUUAUGGGUCAUCUACACUGGAGACGGGCAUUGAGUUUCAGAUCGUUCGGGUUGCCGACGGUGGGAGUCUGUCAUUUCUUUUGACUUUUUUUUCUUCUCCCUUUUUUUUUCACUUCUUUGUGUUUGCGAGAUUUCUUCAGGAACGAGUAAACGACUGGGACUUGCGGGACAGGGGAGUUCUGCGCUGAUCUUGCGUGGCGGCUGAUGGAAUAUACAGCCAUGUCUUAUGCACACACUGUUGGGUUGGCCCCUU